UAUCAGGAUUCGUAAAUCCGUUUCCCUUACUCCUAUUUUCUCUCUCCUAAGACGACUCUAGUCGUGGCGGCUGCGGCUUUGAUGGACGACAAACGGACUUUCUAUCAUCCCUCAAAAUCACAAUUAAACCCCCAAUUUCAAAACCCUAACAUCGCAAAAUCACUGUAAAUAGAAAACGCAAAGGGAAAUUGGGGGAAGAUGUUUUCCUGGAAUAUCGCCAAAUCGGCGGAGGCAAUUCUGUCUCGUUACGCUAUCAAACGAUUAUGCAAGUUUUUGUUGAAGAAAAAGUUGGGUAAAUUUAUUCAUGGUGAUAUCGAUCUUGAUCAGCUUGAUGUUCAGCUUUCUGCUGGGUUGCUUCAGCUCACUGAUCUCGCCCUUAAUGUCGAUUAUCUUAAUCAAAAGUUGGGGGAAGUAUCAAUAUUUAGAGUGAAAGAAGGAUCAAUCCGCUCGUUGUUAGUAAAAAUGCCUUGGAAUGGUAAAGGUUGUGAAGUUGAGGUGGAUGAGCUUGAGCUUGUGCUAUUUCCAUGCUAUGAUGACACUUCACAUGAGGUAGCUGGAACUCGAGGCUUCAAUGAAGAUCAUGGCGCGAGUAAUGACAUUGGAACGGUUGAACAAGAUAUGGUCUACAAGUCCGGAGCUACUUCUGUCAAUAUUCAUGAGGGAGUCAGGACAGUCGCGAAGAUGGUGAAGUGGCUGUUGACUAGCUUCUGUAUCAGAAUAAAAAGUGUGAUUGUUGCAUUUGACACCGGGUUAGAAAGGGAUAAAGGGGAAGAAGAGUCUGAUGACGCGUUGGUAUUGCGGAUCGCAGAAAUUGAAUGCGGGACUUGCAUUUCUGAAGACAAGAGCUUGACUGAUGGUGCAAAUGCUGAAGAUUUUUUUGGUAUAAGCCAUCUGACAAAUUUUCUCAAAUUUGAGGGAGCUACAGUUGAGCUUCUUCAGAUGAGUAGUGGAUACAAUCAAACACAGCUUGCUCCUCAGGCUGCAGACCUUGGCUACUGUCUGCCUAAUGGUUCAAAACCUCUGUUGACAGGGGAAAGAGGUGGUUGUUGUGGUACUAUGAAGCUGUCUAUGCCUUGGAAGAAUGGUUCUUUGGAUACUAACAAAUUGGAUGCAGAAGUAAACCUAGACACCUUGAUUGUUAAAUUGCAACCCAGCACCCUAAAAUGGAUAGUAGUCACCUGGGAAUUGCUUGAGAAGUAUGAGAAAAACAAGGUUGAUAAUGUUAAUGAAAUGUCUAUCGACACAUUUUUAUCUAAUUCUACUUCUCAGUGCAGUCCAUCAGCUUUACCUUCUUCCUUGCUGUCUGACAAGUACCUUACACCAGAAUGUGAGAGUUCAUUUAAAAUAAAUGUUCCGUUGAGGGAAGAAAUAGCUACAGAUGUUUUUCUCAAGGAGUCACGUUUCAUAUCAGAUUGGGUACCCAUUUCUACUGGAAUCUGCGAGAAUCCGGGAAUUGAAGAGGCAAAUUUAGGAGCCAGUGUAGAUCAGUUUUUCGAUUGUUUGGAUGAGAUGAGGAGCUCCCAGUUUGCGGGCAGCAGUGUAAUGUGGAGUUGGACGUGCUCUGUUUUUAGUGCAAUAACUGCUGCAUCAAAUCUUGCUUCUGGAUCUUUGAAUGUUACUACUGAGCAGCAGCAUGUGCAAACGAAUCUCAAGAUUACUCUUGUUGGACUUUCAACAAUUUUAGCCUUGUCUGACGAAGAUCAGUUGAUUCAACACAAGCCAGCCGAUGAGCAAGUUGGUACUGAUUUUGAUGUUCAUCACCUGGAUUUGAGAUGCCAAGACAUUCUCCUAGAUAUCCAGGUAUGUCCCCAGGAGUGGAAAUUGGAAACAACUGUCAAGUACAUCGUCUUAGAUGACUACUUCAGUCAGAAGGAUUCUGUGGAUUUCAGUUUGCAUGUUGAUGAGAAGGGUUCAAGUUGUCAGACUCUAAUGAUCCGGGAUUUGCAAGAUAAGGUUCUCGGUGUUCUGCCUUCGAGUUGCUUGUUUGCUGAACCAAGUAAGAAAGUUUCCGAGGCAUCUAAGAUUGGGAAUGCUCCUAGUUUAUUGAGUACUCAAAACUGUGCUCGUGGCAGCAAAACAGUGAAGGCUACCCUGUUUGAAACUUCUGGUGCAAGUCAGUGUCUCUUAGCAGUGAGUUCGAGAUCCUUUGAUGGUCAGUCAACUAAGCGUGUUUCGUUUUCGUUAAAGCUUCCACCAUUUAUAGUGUGGUUAAACUUUGAUUUGGUGAACAUGGUCCUGGAUUUUUCAAGAGCACUCGUAAAUUCUGCCAGUAAGGACAAACAGGGGGCUGAAUUUUCAUCUGAAGCCUUUGAAGUGAAGCAAAAAUCUUCUCCUCAUUCUGAUGUCACAUCGACAUCCUUCAAGGGAAGCUUGGGAGGAAGCAUAUUUCUUCCUCAUGCUAAAAUAAUUUUAUGCUUCCCUUUUAUGCAUGGCGGAGGUUAUAAAAGCUAUAUCUCCUGUGAUCAAUUUAUCGCUCUUGAUUUCUCUUCCCCAUCAAAUUUCGAGAAAUUGAAGUCUGAUUGGUCUGCUCUUGUUCAAGAAGAUACAUCUUGGAAGAAAUGUACUCCAUCACCUUCUCACUCAGUGCAGCUUAAUGUUGUUAAUCUUGAAGUUUACCAUGUAAAUGGUGCUGUGGCUGACAAUGCUGGUAGGUCCACUGAGUUGGAGAAUCAGAAAUUUUGUUCUCACAAAAUUUUGGCCCUUGCAAAUGGAACUCAUUGGUUUGGUUUGAUCAGUAUGAUUUGGCAAGAAGACGCAAUAACUGGUCAUUGGAUUACAAAGAUUGCAAAGACUUUAGCAACAUCUGGUGGUUCAGCAAGUAAAAUGUCAUCUGCAACAAGUGAUUAUGAGUUUACCUCCGUAUCAACCAGGGAAGAUAAAUGGGAUUUAUCUUCCCAAAAACAGAAGGAACUGAUACUGAGCUCCAAAUACUGUCUACAUGUUUGUGUACCUGUCAUGAAGGUUACUCUACGCAGGUCUCAGUACUUAUGUUUCUUUGACCUUUUGAGUCAAGCUGUGGAUGCAUUAUCCAGUGCUGGUAGUGACACAUCUUAUGAAAAUAGAGAAACAAGUGUUAACCAAUCAUCCAUCCUUCUUGAAUGUGGUCUGGCAGAAAUUCAUAUUGAACUUGACCAAGGGGAUUGUCUUAGAAGCUCAUUGCAGAGUGAACUUCCUGGUUCAUGGCACAGGUUAAAACUGGAAAUCCAGAAUCUUCAAUUGCUUUCUGUUUCUGAUAUUGGGGCUACUAGUGGUGCUAGUUUUAUUUGGGUAUCCCAUCACGAAGGGAAAUUAUGGGGUUCUAUUACUUCGGUUGCAAAUCAGGAUGUUCUUCUGAUAUCUUUUUGCGAUAGUUCAAAUGGACGCGGAGAUGGAGAAGGUUCGAAUGUUUUGUCCUGCAGCCAUGCUGGGUCUGAUAUUGUGUAUAUGUCUGACCCAGAGAGUUUCCAUAAUUACUUGUCAAUAAGCUUGAAAUGUGGGACUAUUGUUGCACCAGGAGGUCGCUUAGAUUGGCUGGAUAAGAUUAUUUCGUUCUUUAGCUUGCCUUCUCUUGAAACAGGCGAAGCAGUUGACUGUGAUCGGCAGAAGGGGAAUUCUCAGAAGCUUUCGUUCGUUCUAAAAUUUAUCGAUGUUGCAUUGAGUUAUGAGCCAUACUUUUGCGAAACAGAAGUUAAUGGAGAAUGUCUCAAUUCUAAAUCUCGUAUUUCUGUUAACCUCGACGAUAAUUCAUGUGAUCCUUUUAUUGCCUGUCUGCUGGCUGCAUCAUCUUUGACACUUUCAAGCACAGUGAUAUCUGGUACUCCAGACGGCGACUACAACAUCAGAUUUCGAGAUGUGGGUCUUCUUCUUCAUGAUGCUGGAAAGCAGGAAAAACUUGUGGGUGAAUACAGUGUUAAUAAUUUACAUGAACUUGGCUAUGUAAAAGUUGCUGCGGAGGCUCUGGUUGAAGCAAUCUUGAGAAUCAACAGUGAAAAUGACAUUUGCUGGGAACUAAGUUGUUCUGAAUCUCAUGUUGUUAUUAGUACUUGUCAUGAUACAACACUUGGUCUAAUACGCCUGGCUUCCCAACUCCAGCAGCUUUUUGCCCCAGAUAUGGAAGAGUCGCUUGUACACUUGCAAAACAGGUGGAAUUCUCUGAAACAGGUGCAGAGAGAGGAUGAUAGUAAAAGAGUGUCAGAAACUAGCAGCAAUUCGUCCCCUGGGACACUGAAGGUGCAACAACUUGGUCCAGAUUCAAAGUCUGAUUCCGGGUUGCUUGGCUUGAUGGAUGGAAUAUCUGAAGAUGCCUUUCUGUUCAGUGGAAAAACCAUGAGCUCGUUUGACAGGUCAGAACAUAGUAUAGUUGAGGGAAAUGAUAGAGAUCAAUGUCUUGAGGGACAUAGCUUUGCUUAUCCAUGUCGUGGAAAUUCUAUGGAAGAUGGUCAUUCGUCAGUUCUGCAGAAGACGGAGAUUAUGGAAAGCUAUUGCCUAUCAGAUUUAAGAUCAUUAUCAGAACUAACCAUUAACAGUCAUUUUCCUGAAGUUAAUUCUCAAUCUAAUAUGGAGAGCAGGGGAAAUUUGGAUGUUCAAAGAGGGAAAAGUGGAUGGUAUGGUAGUACUUCCUUAAGAAUUUUGGAGAACUAUGUUCCAGAUCGAACUGGUCAAUCUCACUCAAAACAGAUUCCGAAACAGCAGCGAAAUUUCAAGGAAGACAAUGGUUGCCAAAGAUUAAAAGGACGGUUACUUCUGAAAAGUGUGAAUAUUAAAUGGCAGAUGUAUGCUGGUUCUGACUGGCAUGACUUAGGGGAAACUGUCCGACAUUCUGCUGAAAUUAAUGGAAGGGAUGAAGCUACUUGCUUAGAACUUGCACUAUCUAACAUGAAUGUUCGUUAUGAUGUCUUCCCAGAUAGGGACUUAUGUGUAUCUAAACUUUGUCUUUCUAUCCAAGAUCUUCACCUUUAUGACAACAGCAAAAAUGCUCCUUGGAAACUGGUGCUCGGACAUUAUUGUUCUAAGGAACGACCUAGACAAUCUCUCUCAAAGGCAUUCAAACUUGACUUGGAAGCUGUCAGACCAGAUCCCAUGACCCCUCUUGAGGAGUAUCGGUUACGUGUAGCUGUCCUUCCAAUAUUACUGCAUCUUCAUCAGAGCCAGCUUGAUUUUCUUAUUUCCUUUUUUGGUGACAAGAAUUCACCAGAGGAUUCCUCAGAUAGUGAGGCACAAGGUUCAGGUUUGUCAGAUAUAACCUUAGCUGAAGAUAGUAAGCUGAAAGGUUUUGGCCUCGUGGAGGAAGCACUGCUUCCGUAUUUUCAGAAAUUCGACAUCCAGCCUAUUAUUCUUCGAGUUGACUAUUGUCCUAGCCGUGUUGAUCUUGCUGCGUUAAGUGGAGGGAAGUAUGUGGAACUUGUAAACCUUGUUCCUUGGAAGGGGGUUGAGCUGCAUCUUAAGAAUGUACAAGCUGCUGGUGUUUAUGGAUGGAACAAUGUAUGUGAAACAACAAUUGGGGAAUGGCUAGAAGAUAUCUCCCAAAAUCAGAUCCAUAAGUUACUGCGAGGUCUUCCUACUAUUCGGUCAUUUGUUUCUGUUGGCUCUGGUGCUGCAAAGUUGGUUUCCCUGCCAGUGAAGAAUUAUAGGAAGGAUCAUAGAUUAGUGAAGGGUUUACAAAGAGGGACUGUGGCGUUCCUCAAGAGUAUCUCACUCGAAGCUAUUGGACUCGGUGUGCAUUUGGCAGCAGGGGCUCAUGAGAUUCUGCUUCAUGCAGAAUGCAUUCUUACACGCAUUCAACCACCACUGCCCCACCCUAUCAGAAGCAAAGUCAAGAAAAACCUUGGAUCUGAACAACCAGAAGAUGCUCAACAUGGACUUCGACGGGCUUAUGAGAGUCUUAGUGAUGGCCUGGGGAAGACUGCCUCUGCGUUAAUUCAUGCUCCCAUGAAAACGUACCAACGAGGUGGUGGUGCUAGUUCCGCUAUUGUAAGUGCAGUCAGGGGAGCUCCUGCUGCAGCCAUCGCUCCUGCUUCUGCUGCUGCACAAGCUCUGCACUGUGCUCUUCUUGGUGUCAGAAAUAGCCUUGAUCCUGAUCACAAGGAGGAAUCCCUGAACAAGUACUUGGGGCCGUCUCGUUCUUGGGAGCAAAGUUGAACUUGCUGGUUUAAGUUAUAAAGUCAUGAACUCAUUUUUCAGCGGGAAUGGUAGGUUUACUGCCAGUCAUUCUCAAUGAGCUUCAACGAGUCUUCUCAAAACCUUGCAGCAUUAGUUGUGCAGAGUCAACAAUGGCUUCGUUGGAUCCCGAUGCACAUCUAUAUCACGUGUAGACUUGGCGUGUAACAAGCAGAUUCGUCACCAUUGGAUCUGAAUAGCUAAAGAGUUUGAUAGUCCCUGUACAAAUUGUAAAUAGUGAUUUAUUGGUGAUUUUCAUUUUUAGAAGCACACAAGAGCCUUGUAUAGUUCAUAGAGAUGUGUGGCUUUAUCCAUUCCUUAUUCUUUAGAAGCUUCAUUCUGCAAGUUGGAAUGUAGUUUCUAUUUAUGUACAUUGUUUGCUUUAUAUGUAUUUUCAAGCAGGUGUACAGUUAAAAAGGUUAAAACGCAUUUCCAUGUUUGGUUGGAAAUGUGAUCUAAAUAUUGAUGUUAUUGUUUACACGAAGUAUGUACAUAGUAUUAAUGUUUUAAUGGUGA